AUGGCCACGCGCGAUGCUGCUGCUCGCCUUGCUGUGCGCCGCCACUUUCCGACCGCUGAGCGCGCGCAUUUUAGUCAGUACAAGAGUGCUAAGACCUUGUACGACGCUGUCGUUGCACGCUACUCUUCCCCUGCCACUGCUGCCCUUAGCCACCUCAUACUGCCGUACCUCUUCCCAGACCUUGCCGCUUUUCCCACAGUCGUUGACCUCAUUACGCACCUUCGCACUAGUGACAUUCGCUACCGCGCUGCGCUUCCUGCUAAGUUCUGCGCCAAGAACCCCCCUCCUAUGUACAUCACCCUCUACUACAUAGUCACCCGGCUCCCUGACACCCUUCGCUCGGUCAGGGACCACUUCCUCUCUGUUUGCCCCACCACCCUCACCGUUGACCUCCUCGAGGAGCGCCUCCUAGCAGCAGAAAAGAGUAUAGUCACUGUAGGAGCCUCUCGUGGUGACCCUCGUACCCCUGUCUUUGAGGGGUGCUCCCCCUCCCCCCUCUUGCCCUCUGUUGCCUCUGCUGCUGCGGCCGACCUCGCUGGUCUUGAGUCGGAGGAGCUGGCGGGGGCGAUGGAGGCGGCGGUGGAGGCGGCGGAAAGGGUGGGGGUGGCGGUAGGAGUGGUGGCGGGAGUGGGGGCACUAGUGGCGGCAGUGGAGGCGGAGGAGGCGGCGGCGGUGGCGGUGCGAGCGGAGUUGGUGGAGGUUGAGGCGGUGGUGGAGGUAGCGGCGGCGGAGGUGGAGCUGGUCGGGGCGGCUCUUCGCAGAGGGUCGGCUCCGGUGGUGCGGGGUUGGGGUGCUGGCCCCUGUACCUACGUUCUACGUACAGGCGACCGCACGGGUGAGCAGUGUGGGGGUCCGCACUCCACCCAACGCUGCUUCGGCCGCCUGACGGACGCUUGGCGUCACCAGUUCCCCGACGCUACUGAGAUCCCUCGCUGGGGCGAGCUGUUUAGGACGGGUGUUGCGAUCUUUGAUCUUGAUUAUGAUGCUAUUCUUGCUGCAAUGUAUGCUGUGACUAUUAGUGAUGAGGGUGACUGUUACCGGUGUUUUCCGCCUGACCCGGUCAUUGAGGCUGCUGCUCUAGGUGCUGGUGAGGCUGCUGCUCUAGGUGCUAGUGAGCCUGCUGCCCCAGGUGCUGGUGAGUCUGCGCUCUCAGGUAUCGUGUCGGCUCCGGCCACCCACACCUUCAACCUUGACUCGGGUGCUUCCCGCUGCUUCUUUCGAGACCGCACCACGCUUACGCCGCUUAAUCGGCCAGUGGCAGUCUCACUAGCAGACCCCUCUGGGGGUCCUGUCCUUGCCCACUUCUCCACUGUUCUACCGUGUCCGGCGGCCCCUUCUAGCACCUUCGUUCUCUACGAACUUGGUGAGUGGUGCUGA